UUAAAUUUAUAAAAAUGUACGAUAUAAAUCAAAAGACCAUAUUCGUAUUGGAUCAUACCCAAUAUUUUAGUAUAUCCAGUGAAGAUUAUAUACCCUUGGACUUUCUUAAAGGAAAGUCAAAUAACCCCACGGAUCCACCGUUGCCGGCAGCAUCACAACAAAAUCUACAAUUUAGUAAAAGUCUAUGGACUUCGUCGGUAGAAUCGUCCAUAGAAUAUUGUCGCAUUGUUUGGGAUCUAUUUCCCCGCGGCAAGUUAAUACGUUUUAUUGUCAGUGAUACGGCUGCCCACAUCGUGAAUACAUGGAAGUUUGCCACUCAAAAUAUGUCACAUGUCCUGAAUGCAAUGGCAUUGGUUGGUGUGCCACAACGUAAUACACCACAAUCUUCCGACUAUUCGGUGAUUCAUGGUCUUAGGGCGGCCAUAGAAGCGCUGGCUGAGCCCACGGAACAGCAAUUAGCUCUAUUGCAAAAUCAAGAGGGAGCUGCAACAGGUGUUAUGGAGAAAAUUCCCAAUAAAGGUCGCGUAAUAUGUAUCACCUCAGCACGAGAUAAUCCAAGUAUGAAAAGUUUGGAAGACAUUUUUCAUAAUGUUCUAAUGCAACAGAAUACCGUGGCCAUGGCACAAAAGAAAAUCCUACCCAUUGAUCAUUGUCAUUUGGUGAUCAUUAAUAUGGUGCCAAUGAAUAUGGAAACGCUGGUAACGAAUAGGGUAAAAAUGGAAUUGUCACCAUGUCUGUCAACGGAAAUUCAUACCACAAGUGCUCCCGAGAUUUCCAAUAAGCUAACACAUUUAAUAAUGAGUCAUUAUGAUUUGGCCAGUACAACUGUGACGGGUAUACCAAUGAAGGAAGAACAAAACGCCAAUUCCAGUGCCAAUUAUGAUGUAGAAAUACUGCAUGCCCGCAAUGCCCACACGUCAAUUUGUGGCAAUGAGGCUCUACUACCCACCAGCAUAAAAGAGGGAGCAGAAUACGAGACCGUUACAUUGAAAUGGUGUACACCACGAGGAUGUGGAGCAUCUGAUAUGUCAGCAUGUCCACCGUGUCUGGCACAGCAUCGUGUUACCCCGGUUGAUGUCACCAGCAGACCUUCAUCUUGUCUUAUUAAUUUUUUGCUUAAUGGUCGCUCCGUACUUUUGGAAAUGCCUAGGAAAACUGGUGGUAAGACAACUAGCCAUUUAUUAUCGGCCCGUGGUGGAGAAAUCUUCAUACAUGCUUUACAAAUUACACGUUCCUGUCUAGAAGAUCCGCCUUCCAUAUCCGAAGGUCCCGGUGGUCGUAUUACCGAUUAUCGUAUUGCAGAUUUUGCGUCAUUUAUAAAAGCUCAUCGUCUGGUUCCACUUAAGUCCAAGGCAAAACCCGAAGAAAAUUUAAAUGUGGCCCGAGAACGUUUGUACAAGAGAUCUUCAUAUUUCCCGCUUACAUUGUCUACGACAAUUGUCUUCAAUCUACAACGUUCGCUACCUUGGCUAACAAAUUUUCUUCGGAAAAUUGCCAAAGAAGAUAUGGAUGAAACCGAUGAGCUGCACUGCUUACAAAAUAUGUAUGAAUUGUAUAAGGCAUCGACGAGAAGGGAAUUGUUACCAUUUGCCAAUUUAAAUGCCAAUAGAAUAAAAGGCCACAAGAAAGUGGAUCAAUAUACAUUAUUCUUUUCUGAAUUGGAGUUUAUAAUAAAAAGUUGUGCCCCGACACCCUAUCACAAAGUCUUAUUGGAGAAUACACAAAAACUAAGAGCGGCCUGUGGUGAUGCCACCGUUAAAUCCGAAUUGGAUGCCACAAGAGAUGCAAGCGGUAAGGCGAUAAUAAGAGCAACAACAGAUUCCCCGCUAUCACCACCACAUUCUAUGGAUGCCAGCAACUCGGGUAGUGGUCAUAUCUCGAAAGGCACCAAACGUAAUUUUAGUAAUGUGGGACAAAGAUCGCUCUUCGAUAUUGUGACUAGUGCUGAACGUUCACAGUGCAGCAAACGUACCGAUUUUUCAGGACGAUUAUGCACUCCCAUUGGACAGGUGGCAAAACUUUAUCCCGAUUUUGGUUUAAAGGAUGGCGAAAGCUCAGCAACAGCAACACCAAUUAAAGAAGAAAAUUUAGGUAUUAAAUUAGAAGUACCCGGUAUAAGGACUUAA